GGUCACACUGAUCACUUGUAUAUUUUUCCCGCGUUUUCCAGAAAAAAAUAAACUAAGGAAAGCGUCAAAAUUGUGCAUUAAAAAAACGCUUGAAUAUGCCCGCCGGCACUAUCCAAACACCAAGCAGUAAAACAAAUACCAAAGAUGCAAUUCAGAAAUCAGCGGACCGCACUUGCACCACUGGCAGCGGUGGCAAGAAGCUCGUGCAAACACGCCUCCCCUUCAAGCUGAUUACUCCGGUUGCAUCAACAGCAGUAGCAGCAGCAGCCACCGCCACGUCUUCCAGUGCCAGUGCCACAGCCCUGCCUGACUCGGAGGAGUCCCCGGCACAGGAGCCACGCAAGCGCAGGCUCUCGUACAGCGAUGAAAAGAGCAGCAGCGAUGACACCCCGCAGCUCGAUCAGCAGCGGCGCUCCAACAGCAAAGAGAACUUGGCUGUGGGUGUGGGCGUGACUGUAGGAGCUGCUAAGAAGACAAAGAUCCUGGAAGUGCUGCCCAUGGCCGAGGAAGUCAUCGAGCUGGCCGACUCCAGCGAUGAAAUUGAGGAGCCAAAAGCUUUAGCGACACCGCCAGCUGCUGCGAAGAUUCAGCGUAAGCCAAAGGCCAAGCCCAGGCACAGGGAAAAGGCCACGCCAUCGCCGAUACAAAUCAAGCUGCCGCUGCUGAGCAAACGUGCCUCGAAGCGUCGCAAGUCCGCGAAGAUUCCAGAAAAGGCAACACUGAAGGAGGAGGAGGAGGAUGUGGGCCACCCCGAAGAGACGACAGGCAGCGACAACGAGCCGAAUGAUGAGGAGGAAGUCAGUGCCGAGAAGCUGUAUCCACUCAAGCGGCUGAAAGUGGUGCUGCCCAAAGGCAAAAAGACUGCAAGAAAGGGCAAGGAGACAAAGGAGACAAACGAAGAGAAAACCAAGGAGGAGGUGCUCAAUGCUGUGGAAAAGAUCACGGCAGAGGUGCAACAAACUGUGCAAGAGAUAACGAAGGAGAAAGAGAUCGAGGAGCAGAAAAUCAAAGGGGAGAAGGCAGCACAAACAUUGACCAGCGGGAAGAAGGGAGAGCAGCCAAAGGCCGACAAGCAAAAGUCACCAAGGGCCAAGAAACAGGAAGGAAAACGCACAAAAGCAGAGGCAGAGUUGAGCGCCACAAGAGAGGACACCAAGCUGCAGGAGGAUGUGGGCUGCUUGUUGGAGCAGCACAGCCAGAACGAGGAACAGCAGACGACAGUUGAGCAAACAGAGGAAACAAAGCUAGUCCAGGACGAUUCCCCCGACGAUGAUGAUGUGAUGAUGCUCACGAGCAGCGACAGCGAGCAUGAGCGGUCCGAUCAGUCCAGCACCGAUCACGAGAUGGAGGUGGACACUGACGCACCCGACAGGCAGUCAGUGGGUGGCAAGGAGAAGGCCAGUACAAGAAGGAGAAGCGUGCAUGAUGUGGCCGGCGGCCAGGCUGAUGGCGAGCUGAAGGGCAAGGGCCAGGCGCUGACGGCCAAGCAGCAGCGACUGUUCGAGCAGCGGCGCAAGGCGCGCGAGGAGAAGGAGCACAAGCUGCAGGAGGAGCGCCGCCUCAAGCAGCAGGAGAAGGAGCAGCGCGAGCAGCUGCGCAAGGUGGAGCGCGACCAGAAGGAGGAGCUGCGGCGCAAGGAGCGCGACGAGAAGGAGGAGCAGCGGCGCAAGGAGCGCGAGGAGAAGGAGCGCAAGCGCCAGGCCGAGGUCGACUCGAAGAACGAGGAGAAGCGCAAGCGCAACGAGGCCAAGGAGGAGGUGCAGCGCAAGCGGGACGAGGAGAAGCGCCGCAAGGAGCUCGAGAAGGAGGAGGCCGAGCAGAAGAAGAAACGCGCCGCCGAAUCCUUCACCAAAUUCUUUGUCCAGAAGCUGCCCAAGGGCGCCGGCUCUGGUUCGGGUCCGGGGCUGGACGCCUCCGCCACGCUGGAGCUGGAACAGAGCAGCUGCGACAGCACCAAGAUGAGCUGCCCGUCGCUGGCCUUUCGUCCCUUUCAGGUCAAGGACGACAUGCUGCUGGCGCCCAUCGUGCGCACCUCGCUCGGCGGCCAGCAGCGCUCCCAGCUGGAUGGCCUCUUCCGCGAACGCAGCGAGGAUGCUUCGGAGGAGGAGGAGGAGGAACCCGAGGACAUUCGACGCCGCAAGCGACCCAACCGCAACCAGCUUUACCUGUCGGAACUGGCCAAGGGCACACGCCAGCCGCUCAAGAUGCAGCGCGACGUGCGGCUGCAUCGGCGCACCAAGGAGGAGGAGAGCGAGGAGGAGGUCCAGGUGAUAGAUGACCUGACCACUGCCGGCACGCCCAUUGAGCAGGAGGAGCAGGCCAAGCAGAUGCCCAGAAUGAGGGCCAAGUAUUUGCAGUUUGCCGACAAUCGUCGUCCGGCGUACUACGGCACCUGGCGCAAGAAGAGCCAAUCCAUCUCCGCCCGUCGCCCACUGGCCCAGGACAAGGUUCACUUUGACUACGAAGUUGACUCGGAUUGCGAGUGGGAGGAGGAGGAGCCUGGCGAAUCGCUGAGCGCCAGCGAGGAUGAGAAGGAGCGCGAGUCCGAGGAGGAGUCCGAAGAGGAGUACAACGAGUGGUAUGUCCCCCACGGACAUCUCAGUGACGAGGAGCUGCAGCACGAUGGCGAAAUGGAUGACGGGCAUACGCGUGAGGCCCAGCAGGCCAAGCUGCAGGUGCUGCAGCAGGAGUUUGCCCAGGAGAUGAAGAAGCAAACGAGAAAGAUCAAGCCACGACUCUUCGGGCCCAUCUGGCUGGACGAGAAUGGCAACAAGUCGCCGCUGUGUCCGGCCGUCUUUGCCCAGACCAUCGACUCGUACGGCAGCUGGCAACUGGAGCCGGUCAGCAUGGAGCCGCCGCCGGAGAAGGUGCGUGAGGCGGCGACUGCCAGCGCACCGGCCAGCCCCCUGCAGCUGGACGAGCGACUGCUGCAGCAGCUGGUGCGGCUGACCCAUGGCAAUCGGAAUGCGAAGGCCUUUCUGAUCUCCGAAUAUCUGGAGUACCUGAAGACACAGACCAGCCAGGAGUCGCAGCAGCUGCCCUCGAAGGCCCUCAUUCGCGAGAAGUUCGAUGAGCUGGCCACCUGGUCGACCAUGGAGCUAUCUGCCGCAGAUGCUGCAGCGGGCAGCAGCAGUGCCAAGAAAUCAAAGAAGCCCAAGAAGCGCCUCUGCUGGAUGGUGGGACCCGAGAUGCUGGAGAAAUUCCAACUGGCCGAGCUGUCGUUGCAGAAUCAAUGGGAGUACACGCUGACGCCCAAGAUCACUGAAGCGGAGCCACAGCAUGAGCUCAGCCCACCGGCCGAGCCAGAGCUGCCAUCUAAGGAGGCCAAGGAGUCGCCAGUGGCCCCAACGGAUGCUCCGAGCAUGUCCAGCACACCGACGCAGCAGGUGGCCACCAAGAAGCGCAUCGCCCUGAUAUCCGGGCCACGGGAACUGUCCGGCCCCGUGGCCUCGAAGAAUGGCCUCAUCAGCCAGUUCCUGCGCCGCCAGAGAGAUGCGAGUCCCAGCAGCAAACCGGCUCCGAAGGGGAAUUCAACCAAAGUCAAAGCCAGUUCGGUGGCGGCGGCAACGGCGGAGGAGGCUGCAGAGGUGGUGCUGCUCUCCGACUAAUAAUCCUUUAAGUAAUCCUUUCACACGACAACUGGCCACAUAUCCUCCUAGAAUUAUGAACUCUUUUUAUUUGUUUGUUUAUAACUUAUACAUAUUCCUGUAAUGUUGCCCCGAUGUACGUUUUACUUGUAUAUCCUUCUCCGCCGACUUCCCACUCUCUUUCUCUCUUUUCCACUCUCUGUUCUUCCUUCUGGCUUUAACUCAGCUGUAGAUCUGUUGCGUGAAAUAAAUGGUUCACUGGUAGAUCAAA